UUUAACUGGCGCCGGGCGAUUCGGAGCCCUAUCCUGGUUCCGCGCAGAUCGUUUGCUCUGUCUGCCCAGAAACCUGCAUGUUGCCAAGAAGAGAGGAUGGCUGCUGGGUGCCUGCCCCUUUGGCCCCAGGAGUUGGUGACCUUCCAGGAUGUAGCCAUGGACUUCUCCCAGGAGGAAUGGGAGCUGCUGGAUGGUACUCAGAGGAAGCUCUACGGAGAGGUGAUGCUGGAGACCUAUAGGAACCUGGCCUCACUGGAAACUUUGAAGAACCAACGUAUUGAUGUGGCCACCAAGGAUGGUUUCUUCCCACUUGGAGCAAGGAUAAGCCAUGUUGAUGGGGGGAAAAAGAGUUUCCCAAGCCUCCUGUUCAGUAAUUUCAGAUCAGGAGACUGGACUGAAAAGUCAAGAUUUCAUUUACAAGAAGGUGGUUUUACAGGAAGAACCACCUGGUAGUAUGAAUAUUAUAAAGCUCCCCAGAGAAGACUGGGGCUGUGGUCAACUUGAGGAGAACCAUGAAGAU